ACGCAGCACCAUGCCCAAGGAAGCGGUGGUGACUUUGCGCUACGGGCCCUACAGCGCAGUGGGGCUGUCGGUGGAGCACCGCACCUACCGCCUGGAGGGUCUGCAAGCUGUGUUGAUAGAAGAUGGACAUCAAGUCAUCCUGGAGCAGAUAGAAGACUGGAAUCUGGUAGAGCUUGUGGUAAAUGAAGAAAUAGUCUUCCAGUGUGACAUCGAAGACCUGGAGUUUGAAAGCGGCCAUAAUUCAUCUGCCUCCUAUUAGGUUCCACCUCUCAGAGAUCGCAUCCUUACAUCGGAGACCAAACUUCCAGUCCACAAACCUUACAGGAAAAAAUCUACUCCAAACCAUAGGAAAAGUACUUUCAAAUAAACAUUUAAAAUAAA